AUGGAGUCUUUGCUUGAUUUAAUUCAAUCUCUUGAGUCAGGAUUAACGGACACGAAAAUUACAUCACAAAAAGAUUCCAUAGAAACUCUCAUUACGGGUAUAAAAUGUAUUCCACUUUCGAAUAUCACAUCCAAAGAGAUCGAUCACCUUAUUGAUUUUCUAUCGGGUCGUUUAGCACUUGCUGAUCCAAAUAUUACAAAUUUAAUUCUUGAUGGAUUUAUAUGGUUGACAAAAUCUACAUGGUCUAAUGGUUGUAGCAUGGUCAAUCCAGAACAAGCUAAACAGAUUGUUCAGGAUGGAAUAUUUGGUCAUUUAACAAUACAGAAUUUAAUCAAAUCUGGAAGGCUGAAAGUUUUUCAGCUACUACAUUGCUUUUUAACUGGAUCUCAGCUAAGUGGUAUUCAGUCGAUGGAAUCUAAUUUUAUUCAGAAGUAUUUAAUAGCUAUUGAUGAAGAAAAAGAUCCACAAAUAUUACAUCUGAUUUUUCAUAUGAAUGUAAUCAUUAUUAGAGAGUUUCCUUCAGUAAUCGAGUUCAAGGAUGAAUUAUUUGAAACAAUAUCAGUUUAUUUUCCUAUCGACUUUUCACCACCUCCAGGUGGUGGCAUCUCUGGAGUUACGCGUGAUUUGCUAGCAUCUAGCUUGCACCAAUGUUUAUUUUCUAUGCGAAAUAUAACUGGUCAUAAUCUUAUGCCACUUAUUUGCGAAAAAAUUGAAUCACAAUGGCCCAAUGGUCAGUUGGAUGCUUUAUGCUUAUUCAAUGAUUGUUUACAUGGGCAACUUCAACGUUCAGAUGGUGAUAAUGAUAUCAAUCAUGUCUUGUCUUCAGAUAGGAAUCCAAUCGAUAUACGUCAUAUUUCUCCUUAUCUUGGUGUAAUUAUUCCUACAUUAAUUCAAAUUGCGGACAAAUACGGAAAACGAAGGGAUAACAGUGAUUUGUAUGCUCUUUCUUUGUCUUGUAUCUCAGGUCUUGUCCAUGCUUAUUCUCUACAGACCAAUGAUAAAUCUCAAUUGGAAGAUUUUACAGUAAUCUUGUUGAGAAGUUUCGGACUUUCACCUAACCAACGUCAACUACCAAUAAUAAGCCCUCCUGGUGUUAUUGAUUAUAUUACUGAAAGUUUUAAAUCAGCUCAGACUAAUGCCUUGUUAUUAUCUAUCUUAUUCAACUACACGAUUCCACAUUUAUGUGUUCCAUUUUUUUCGAAUUGUUAUACAAAUUCCAAUGAUCAUCUUGGAAUUGCUGAGGAAACUAAACUUAAUAUUGAUGAAUUAGUUAAUUGGCAUUCGUGUAUUUCUUUAUUGGAUGAAAUUUUGCAGAACAUCACUGAAGAAAAUUUAAUGAAUGCUCUGCAUUAUGAUCAAAAAACACUUGGAACACUAAACAGUUUAAAAAUGAAUAUAUAUUUAAUCAUAAACAAGUUACAAGAAUGUUCAGUGAAUUCAGUCAAUCUGUUGAAACAUUCUUCUGUCUCAAAGUUGUCCGAAGAAAAAAGCAUAUAUUUUUCAGUAUGCCUUUGUCGUUUAUUUUAUUCAUUAAUAAAAUUUACGAGUAGAAGGGAUUUAUCUUCAUCUGUUAACGGAAACUCAACCAUUUUAAUCGACAACAGUUCAUCAUCGUACUCAAGUUAUGUCGAUUCAAUUUUCAAUACAAUCCGCUCAACGUUUCAAUGGUUGGAUAAAAUUUCUUCAACAAAUAAUAAUAAUAAUCCGUUGGUAGAUUCUGAAGUUUUAAAAUCUAUAAGAGAUGAAUUACUUUCAUUCAUUCCAAUUAUUUAUAAUUCAUGCGAUCUAUUUAUUUGCAAACUGGACCAAUUUCUCUUCGACUAUCUCAAAGAUUGUCAACUGGAACAAAUUACAUUGAAUACUUCGAAUAAUUUUACAAUGGACAUUCUCAAAUAUUGUUCAUGUAAAAAUUUAAGUUUACUGAAGAAAACAAUUGAAUUUAUUCUUGAAAAGUGUAAUAAUAAUGAUAUGUUAAUGGACUCUGAAAAUGUUAACCUUGUCCGUCUUCGAUAUUGGGCCAAAAACUUCACUUCAUUAUUAUAUUUUAUCUGUGAAUAUUUGAUUGAAAAUUCUAUUCAUGAUAAUACUGAAUUAGUAAACCUAUCUUCAAUCCAUUCGUACUUAUUUGAGUUAUGUCAAAAUGUAAAAUAUUUCGUAAAUAUUAUCCAUCAUUACUGUGGCAAUUCAAUGACAAAUGAUAAUUCUCAAAAUAAAUCUAUAUUGAAUGAAAUCAAUAAAUUGAAUUUUAUUUUUCGAACUAUCACAAGUCAAUGUAAUUUAUCUGAACAAACGAAACUUUUUCAAAUUUAUAAACAUUAUUUUGAUCAAAUGGAUCGUAAUCACCUCGAGAUGUAUCCUGUAACUCUUGGAUUGUUUACAAUUCUAUGUGGGAUUAUCGGUGGAUUAAGACCGGAGUUUGUAAAUUCUGAAAAUCCAGUUCAACUGUUGACUUGGAUUAUGGAUAAUAUUCAAAAGAUUCUAUGUACAUCUUCUACUGCCCCUACCCUCACUAACACAACCAAUAACUCUUCAAUGCCAUCAUCUGUUAUAUUCUGUUAUUCAACAACCAUGUUGUCAUCUACUGCUCAAACAUAUGCUUCUGUAUUGAAUAAAUCAAAUGAUACUUUUGCAUUAGAUAUUACCAAUCAUUUGUCCACUAGUCUAAAAUAUUUCUGGUCAAUAACAGAACAGAAUAAUUCUGUUGAUUUGCAUACAUUCAUUUGUUUUUGGCUUUUAUGGUCAAUUCGUGGUCUAUUGGCUACAUUGAAUGUUAGUCUUCAUGGUGCUAAUGUUGACAAUAAUAACAAUGAUUAUUAUCAUCAUAGAAAGUGGUGUGACUCUCUUAUACAGUCAAUUUUUCUUGAUUUUAACACAACUGAUCACGAUGAUGGUGAUGAUAAUUGGAUUUGCACUUUUGAGAAAAGUUUAUCAUCAUCACAUGGUCGUGUUCUGUGUUCAAUAGAUUGUUUUAAACAAGCUGAUCAAAUACUUUUAGACUUAGGGAUGAAAUCAAAUGAUUGUUGUUUGAAUACUUUCAAUCAUUGUCGUAUUACAGAUUCAUAUAUUCGAAAUGUUUUGGAAUGUAUUCAUGAACCUAUUUACAAUCUAAUUCAUUUAUUGAUCAAUGUAACUAGACUUCAAUCAGUAGAUUUUGAAAAAAAUAUCUUGUUCAAACCUUUUCGAGACUCAAUAGUAAAGUUUUAUUUGAAUAUGACUGUUCGAUUGCCUAAACAAUAUCUCACUGACCAGUCAGUAAAUAAAAUAAUACCAUCUGCUUUGUUCGCCAUCACAUCACCUAAUGUUCACUGUCAGUUAGCUGGUUUGAAGUUUAUAUCAAUAAUCUUCAGUGAUAAUUUGACAAAAAACCUUGGAUUAUGCAAUAUUAUCUCAGAAAAUCAAGCUGAUGAUCUAUUGGGGAAAUUGCCAAAAUUAAUCCAUUUCUCCAAUAGUGAUCAGGAGAUUAACGAUACUGUAAUGUUUGGUCAGGAAAAUGAACAAACUAUCAAUAUUUUAACGUGUUCACGUUUAAUUAUUGCUCGUUGUCUGUGCAGCAUUAUAAAAUUUUUCCCGGAACAAUUGAUUAAUCGACAUCGUGAUGUAAAUAUUCUACCAUUGUUAGAUCAAUUAGUUGAUGAUCCCAACCGAUAUGUACGUAUUGAAGCAGUUCAAGCAAGAAAUUUAUGGUUGAUCUGA